AUGUCUGUCGGUGCAGUGGGGCUGCCCCUCGGGCACGCGUCCCUCUACCUGGAACCCCUGGGGCGACCGUCUUACCGCUGCGGCUCUCCCGAGGAAGCUGCGCUGUCUGUGCUGGUCAGCGGAGACCCGAGCCACGUGUGCGGGGACAAGGCGCCACGCCAAGGCACAGGCGCAGCCAAGACCGGGCUCCCGGCUCCAGCCGGCUUCCUUGAAAACAGUAGUGGAGAUACUUCCAGAAGACUCGAGCCGCGCAGACGUGCCCUUGACCUGAAAAUGCCAGCAUUCCACCCCAAGCCCGAGGGUCCGGGUGACGCUGCAGGGCGCCCCGGCACCGUCGAGUGCCCUGGUGGCGUGGCCGCGCCCCUCCCCGCUGACAGGCCGCCUGCGGACUCGCUGGGCAGGGAGACCCCGGGGGGCGCGCUGCGGGCCCCCGAGCCGAUGCCUCUGGACCUGAGCACGCGGUCCUCGCGGGGCACGGGCGGCAGGGAGGCGGCGUGCGCGCUGCAGGCGGCACUGCCGGUGCACCCCUGCCCGUACUGCAGCCACCGGACCUACUACCCCGAGGUCCUCUGGAUGCACAAGCGGAUCUGGCACCGAGUCAGCGGCAGCGCUGUGGCGCCCCCCUGGGUGCAGCCCAAUGGCUACAGGAGCGUCAAGAACCACCUGGUGUUUCUGGCUCGCAGUGGCCGCACCGGCCCACCACCUGCACUGGGCGGCAAGGAGUGCCAGCCACUGCCUGUCGCCCGCUUCGCCCGCACGCAGGGGCCGGGUGGGGGGCUGGCCCCCAAGGGUAGCUCCUCGCCACUGCUGGGUGUGACCACAAAGGCCUCUGGGCCGAGCAGAGGCAAGCAGGGCCCCCCGGGGACUCCCUGCGAGCCAUGGGUGCCUGGCCCUGACGGGCACCGCCAGGCCCGGGCUGGCCCUCCUCCUGGCCAGAGCUCACCCACUGCCCCCCAGGUGCGGCCCAAGCCGGAACCCGGUUCCCAGCCCAGCCCCGGCAGCUUCAGCAGGAAUGCGCCCCCCACGCUCUCUGUCAUUGCUCGGGCUGGGCCCCCGGCCCCCAGCAAGCCGGGUGAGAAGCAGGGGGUGUCCCUCGCAGGGCCCAGCCUGGCUCCCCUGCCCAAGCACAGUGCCCCGGACUCAGCGAAAGCCAAAUUCAGCCCCCCGCCAUGCCAGCCUCCUGGGAAAGGCGACGGGGCCCCUGCUCUACCUCCCCGUGAGACCCUCUCCAAGGCCACUCCUGAGCCCAGGACUCUGGGUGGCGGUGGUGCCGUGGCUCGGGGCAGUGCGGCCGUGCAGGCUCAGCCCUCGGUGGCCGGCGCGUCCCCAGAGCCGCGCUCACUCAAGCAGGAACCAGCUGCUGAGGGCAGUGAGAAGCGGUUGGAUAUCCUUAGCAUCUUCAAGACGUACAUUCCAAAGGACCUGGCCACCCUCUACCAGAGCUGGGGCACCAGCGGCCCUGCCCUGGAGCACCGAGUGCUGUCUGGAUCUAAUGGAGCCCGAGCUGCCGCAGCCUCCGCCCGCAAACAAAGGAGCGAGCGAGUGCCAGGAACAUCGUGGAAGCACGUGCCUGGCGUUGGGGCUGGGCGGGGACCCUUCGUGGAGAUGCUGGCGACUGAAAGCGCUGGAGAUAAACUCCGUGAGAAGAGUUCCGCUCACACGGUGCUCACCGCCCUGGGGGCGCUGUGGUCCGGCGCGCGGUGUCCUCGUGGGGGCUGUGCUCUGCACACCGCUGGGGGCUCCCGCACGCGGCCCGGGGACGGUGUGUAG